AUGACCGGUGAUUUCACUCAUUUACUCUGCAUGUUUCUGCUGGGAGCGUGCAUUACGGAAGCUACAGCAGAUCAGUCGUGCGAAGUUUGCGUUGGUUUCCUGAAGAAAACAGCUACGGAGCUGUCGGAACAGGGAAUUUCUGAUUCGGCUAAAAUCGAGCAGUUCAUUAAGUCGAAAUGCGAAAAGGCGACCGGAAAAGAAAGUCGUUUCGUAUGUUAA